AGCGGCCGCGCGCCUCUUCAACCAAACCAGCCAACCAACAACAACCAAAACCUCACUGCCGCACCCGAUCCUUGAGUGUGGUGUGUGCGUGCGUGGUGUGCACCGUGCUGUGGUGCUGCACCAUUGUUUGUUUGUUUGUUUGUUGUGUGCGACACGCCACAGAGUGAGGGCUGCUGUCAAACGCACUCCAACAACCAUCCGACCAAGGGUCCCGUCGCUUUGCUUGGGUUUCCUUUUUGUUGAAGGCUGACAGCAGCAGCUUUGCUUCGUUUUCCUGGCUAGACACUCCUUUUGCUUUUUCUGUGGUGUGCUUUGCUGUGCUGUGCUUUGUCCUUUGCGGAGCCAAGCAUAGAAGCAUGGCGCGUUCAUCCCUUGCUGUACAGGCUGUGGCCGUUACAGCGUGCAUCCUCUUCCUCUCCUGCAUCCACCAAGGGGCGCGAGCACAAGGUAGCGAUGCGGUGGAGUUUGGCGACUUGGUCAACACGGUGGUGACCGGGGACGGCGGGCUCCGCAAAUCAGGCACUGUUGCCAGCUGGUCCGCAGGUGCCGUCUCCGUCGACGCCAUUCAGCCGCGCCAGGUGUCUGAGGAGCGCGUCGGCGUCUCCUUCACACCCGGUCAGGCCAACAACAAUUUCAUGGUGGGCCUUGCCACCAGCAACGCGCAGCCCGCCAACUUUGAGCUCAUUGACUUUGCCGCGCACCUCACCAGCUUCGGCGACCUCUUUGUGUGGGAGUCGGGCGACCUGCUCGGCAGAUACUCCACCGACAAGUACACCACGGCAGACUCGUUCCAGGUCCUUGUGGUCCCAAAAAGCGCGGGCUCCGACACGCUCGUCGUGCAGUACCGCAUCAACGGAAAUGCCGUCUACACCUCGCAGACCGCCGUGCCAGCGGACCCGCUCUACGUCCGUGUGGCAUUGUACGAGCCAAACGCAGAGAUCCUGGACAUCCAGUUUGUGCCAAAGCAGAUCUGGUGUGAGCCCGUCGUGUGCUUUAGCUCAAACCAGUGCAUCGACGCUGGCACCUGCGUCAACGGCGCGUGCCAGGCCACCGCGCUGGACGGCACUCCCUGCGACGAUGGUGUUGCCAACACGCUCAAUGACACCUGUGUUCAGGGCGUGUGCCAGGGCGUUGACCCGUGUGAGGGCGUGACGUGCGACCCCGUUGAUAGCUGCCACCAAGCUGGCGCCUGUGCCAACGGUGUUUGCUUCGUCGGUCCAAACGUGCCCAACCUCACCCCAUGUGAUGAUGGCAAUGCCCAGACGAUUGGUGACGUGUGCGUCGACGGCGUGUGUGUUGGCGCCACGACAACAACGACAACCACCACAACAACCACCACCACAACGACGACCAUUGAUCCUUGCGAGGGCGUGUUUUGCCCGCUUCCAGACCAGUGUCACCUCCAAGGCACCUGCUCCGGUGGCCAGUGCUUCGCUGGGCAAGCCGUUGAAAACGGCACGCCCUGUGAUGAUGGCAACGCCAACACCGACAACGAUGUCUGCACGGACGGCGUGUGCCGUGGCGUUGACCCGUGUGAGGGUGUUGUGUGCGAGCCGCUCGCGCAGUGCUUUGAGGCCGGCGUGUGCGUUGAUGGCACCUGCACCAACCCACUCACCCCGGAUGGCGUCCCUUGCGAUAACGGCAAUCCAAACGACUUUAACGACAGGUGCAUCCAAGGCGCAUGCAUCGGCGACGACCCGUGCUUUGGGGUCACGUGCAUGCCCCUGAGCCAGUGCCACGUUGCAGGCGAAUGCUUCAACGGCACGUGUUCAAACCCCGUCAACACCGGCGCCUCCUGCGAUGAUGGCAACGACGCCACCGUGGAGGAUACGUGCAAUGCGGAGGGCGUAUGUGUUGGCGUUGACCUGUGCGAGGGUGUAGAAUGCGUUGCCGCUUCACAGUGCCACGUUGCCGGCACGUGCACACUCGGCGUGUGCAGCACCCCGACCAAGGCCGACGGGACGUCCUGUGAUGACGGCAACGCCAACACGGUGCAGGAUGCGUGCAUGAACGGCGUUUGCGUCGGCACAGACCUGUGCGCGGAUGUGACAUGCACCCCGCUCUCCCAAUGCCACCUGCCCGGCACGUGCAACCCGCGCACGGGCGAGUGCAGCGUUGUGCAGCGCGCAGACGGGUCUUCGUGUGACGACGGCAACCCAGCCACCGUCAACGACGAAUGCUUUGACGGCCUGUGCGCCGGCUUGAACCUGUGCGCAAACGUGGUGUGCGAGCCCCUGAGCGAAUGCCACACGGCUGGCACGUGCAACCCAGCGACCGGCGUCUGCAGCAACCCGCUUCGCAACAACGGCUCGCCAUGCACGGACACGGAUGGCGACACGUGCACCGCUGCCACGUGUGUUGCUGGCAACUGCACGCAAUCAACGCCUGCACCCAACGGCCGCACCUGUGAUGACGGUUCCGACUUCACCACGAGUGAUCAGUGUGUGGAUGGCGUCUGUCGCGGAAUUGACCUGUGCCAGUCCAUCACAUGCGAACCCCUCGACCAAUGCCACGUCGCAGGCUCGUGCUUCCAGGGCGCGUGCACAAACCCGCCAGCCGCCAAUGGCGUCAACUGCACAGACGGCAGCACCGCAACCAUCAAUGACCAGUGCCUUGGUGGUGUGUGCACGGGAACCAAGCCUGCACCAAACGCGUGUCUUCUGCCUGUCGAGUGUCCCAAUGGCCAGUGCCCAAGCCACCCGUUUGCCCCGAACGGCAGCCCCUGCCCCGAUGUGGACGGGAACGACUGCACGUACAGCCAGUGCAUGAACGGCAUUUGCGUGCAGGACUUGAAGCGCCAAGACGAAACACAGUGCGACGACGGCAAUGUGCGCACGGACUUUGACGCGUGCCAGAACGGGGUGUGUGUUGGUGUUGAUCUGUGCGACCGCGAGCCCGUGUGCCCGCCACCGCCGGAUGCCUGCAGGCAAGAGGGCGUGUGCUUCCGUGGCAACUGCACGUACGAGCUGCAGCCACAGGGAACGCCCUGCAACGACAGCGUCGCCGCCAGCGUUGCUGACAUGUGCUCUUCCUCGGGCACCUGCAUCUCACACGUGCCUGCGCCCAAUGAGUGCCAGCUUGAUUCGCCAUGCGUUGAUGGCCAAUGCUUUGGGCACACAUUCAAGCCAGAUGGCACCACGUGUACAGAUGAGGACCCUGACAACAUCUGCACCACUGCGGUGUGCAUGCAGGGACAAUGCAUGCAGGGCGUGCCUGCAGGCAAUUUCACGUGCAACGACGGCAACAACGCCACAGACUUUGAUCGCUGCCAAACAGAUGGCGUGUGCCGCGGCGUCGACCUGUGCGACACAACGACCUGUCCCCCGCCAGCCACGUGCAGAGAGAAAGCAACGUGCUUCCGGGGCGUGUGCAGCUACGCUCUCUCGCCCGUGAACACGACCUGCGACGAUGGCGACCCACGCACGGACUUUGACAUGUGCACAAGCGCCGGCGAGUGUGUCGGUGUCGACCUGUGUAUCGCCAACUCGGUCGUGUGCGAGCCAACGUCACAGUGCCACAAUCCGGGUGUCUGCGAGAACGGGCAGUGCACGCCAUCUCUUCCCAAGUCAGACUUCACGCUCUGCGAUGAUGGUCGUGAGGACACCAUUGGCGACGCCUGUCAGGCCGGCGUCUGCGUCUCAGCACUGCCCCCGUCCAACGACUGUAUGACGAGCGUUGCCUGCUUUGACGGCGUGUGUGGCGAUCGCCCACUCCUCCCCGACAACACCCCUUGCCAGGACACGGACAACAACGAGUGCACCGUCUCUCGCUGCCGCACAGAGGGGGGGGGGGAGGUGUUAUUAUUAUUAUUAUUGUUGUUGUUGUUGUUGUUGUUGUUGUUGUUGUUGUUGUUGUUGUUGUUGUUGUUGUUGUUGUUGUUGUUGUUGUUGUUGUUGUUGUUGUUGUUGUUGUUGUUGUUGUUGUUGUUGUUGUUGUUGUUGUUGUUGUUGUUGUUGUUGUUGUUGUUGUUGUUGUUGUUGCUGCUGCUGCUGCUGAGUGUGCACCUGGAAUGGCCGUCGCUGUAA